GAGGCCGGCCGCCCGCAGCCUGCUUCUCCGUGCUGAGCCCGGUGCCGGCCCCUCCAAGCCGAAACCGGCCUCGGCCCCCCGCUCGCGCCCCGCAGGCUCGGCGGCCGGGACGGGGGCGGUCCGGGGGCGGUGCAGGGAUGGCGCCGGCGGCGCUGUAGCGCGGAGCGGUCCGCGGUCCGCGGCAGCGGGAGACGGGCGGCAGCUCCUCCUUCUCCUCCUCCCUCCGAGCCGGGGUGGGCUCGGCCGCGGCAGCCGGGGUGCGCUGCGCCGCCCUGCCCUACCUUGCCGUGCCGCCCCGCCUGUGCGAUGGACUGGCAGGUGCUGACCAGGGAGCUCUCCCUCUACCUGGAGAGCCAGGUCCGCGUGGGGCUUUUCGGCUCCGGCGUGGGUUUGUCCCUGGUGCUGGGCUUUGGCGUCGCCUACGCCUGCUACUACCUCAGCAGCAUCGCCAAGAAACCCCAGCUGGUGGCCAGCAACGACCGUUUCUGCCGCUUUCUCGAGGAAUACUGCCCUGUUGUGACAGAAACUUACUAUCCCACAAUUUGGUGCUGGGAAGGUCGGGUGCAGACACUCCUGCGUCCCUUUAUCACCUCUAGACCCCAAGUACAGUACAGGAAUGAGCUCAUUAAAACAGCAGAUGGAGGACAGAUUUCGUUGGAUUGGUUUGAUAAUAAUGACAGCUUAUAUUAUCCGGAUGCCAGCACAAGACCCACUGUCCUGUUAUUGCCUGGCCUUACAGGAACGAGCAAGGAAUCCUACAUUCUUCAUAUGAUCCAUCAAAGUGAAACGCUGGGAUAUAGAUGCGUGGUUUUUAACAAUCGGGGAAUUGCUGGUGAGGAACUUUUGACACCAAGGACUUACUGUGCAGCUAACACAGAGGAUUUAGAGGCCGUUAUUCAUCAUGUACAUAGCUUGCACCCCUCAGCUCCGUUCAUGGCAGCCGGUGUUUCUAUGGGAGGCAUGCUUCUUUUAAAUUACCUGGGCAAAACUGGCAGAGACACUCCUUUAAUGGCAGCUGCAAUUUUCUCUGCGGGUUGGAAUGUUUUUGAAUCUGUAGAAUCUCUGGAGAAGCCACUAAACUGGCUUCUUUUCAACUAUUACUUGACUACUUGUCUACAAUCCUCUAUCAGCAGGCAUCGACAAAUGUUGGAGAAAUUAUUUGAUAUGGACCUCGUGAUGAAGGCUAGAACUGUUAGAGAAUUUGAUAAGCAGUUCACUUCAGUCAUGUUUGGCUACCGUACAAUUGAUGAUUACUAUGAAGAUGCUAGCCCAUGUCGCAAGCUGAAGUCAGUAGGAAUUCCAGUGUUAUGUCUAAACUCUGUGGAUGAUGUUUUCUCACCACGUCAUGCCAUACCAGUAGAAGCUGCCAAACAAAAUGCAAACGUUGCUUUGGUUCUGACUUCGUGCGGGGGCCACAUUGGUUUUCUGGAAGGAAUAUGGCCAAGGAAGUGCACUUACAUGGACAGAGUCUUCAAGCAGUUUGUGCAAGCUAUCUUUGAGCAUGGAAACAAAUUCUUUAGCAUGUAGCUUUGGACCACUAUUAUAGCACAGUGGCACAUUCUGACAAGGGCAGUUAAGCUUAAUGCACAAAUUUUAACUCCUGUAAGCCAGCAAAUGGAUAAAGUCCAUUACUACAUGCAAAAAUAUUUUUUGCCUAAGAUUUUGUAGCAAGAAACUAAAUAUUAUGUUGUCACUUUUAUAUUUAUUUUUAAUAUGCCUUACUAAGAAUGACCUUAAACGAAAACAGCAUUCUGCAUACAUCAAAUUGCACUUAACCAAAACCAUUAAGUAAACAGAUUAUAAUUCCUCAGGAUUUUAAUUUAAACUAGUACAUAUUUAGGAGACUUAAUUUAUAUGGCUUUUAGUAUUAGAAUGGCAACACUCAAAAUAGCAUAUAUUGUCCUGUCAUACACCGUACGAGCUGGCCCAUUCCUUAGGGCACUGAUGGUGAAAAUCUUAAAAUACGAAAACAAAAGAAGGAGGGAACACAAAGAAACACUGGUUCUUCAAAUAAGUAAAAAAUUUCAGCAUGUUAUGCCAUAGCAUUAGAUUGAUAUCUGCUUUUGCUGUUCUAUCCUGAGAGUAUUCAGAUUUAGGGCUAGUUAUUGUUUUUUAAACUAUGUCAAUGCCAUACUUGUCUUACAUGAUUAUUUUUAAACAGCUAAUUUAUAGUGUUUACAUAUAACCAAAAGAUUCCUUUAAAACAGUACUGUAAUAAUUUAUGUAAUUAAGACAUCUUGCAUUUCAAAGUUCAUGUAAAGCUGGGUAUUGUCAUAUAUGUAAUAUGUAUUUCAUAUACCUGGUAAACGUGAUGAUUCUAUCUGUUAUGUUUAUAUUACCCUGCAAGAACAUGUCAGUUUUAAAGAAUAAACAUUAGAAUAUCAGGAAGUUAUGAUAUAACCUGCUUUAAAUUAAAAAAAAAAAAAAGUAUCUGAA